AUCUAAGCGCUAGAACCGAAAACAAAGGGCGGUAUUUGGGCUUGCAAUACCACGGGUAUAAUAAAUCUCUGCCUCUCGUGCAUACCUACCCUCUCGAACGUGUUCUGGGGUCAAAGACAGGAACGAUUGUAGCCACCACUCCCUACAAACCACAGCUACAGACUAGCGAUGGCGCCUCUGAACGACCCCUCCAUCCCGCCUGGAGCUUGGGUGCUUGUGACGGGCGUGAACGGCCUUGUCGGCUCGCACGUCGCCAACCAGCUGCUCGCACACGGCUACAGGGUGCGCGGGACCGUCCGGAGCAUAGACAAGAACGCGUGGAUGGUCGAUCAUUUCGACCGCAAGUUUGGCAAGGGCUUCUUCGAGCUCGUCCAGGUGGUCGACAUCACCAAGCCCGGCGCCUUCGACGAUGCGGUUAGGGGCAUGGCGGGCGUCAUGCACGUAGCAUCAGCCGUCACCUUCGACCCAAACCCGGACCAGGUCAUCCCCGUGGCCGUGGACUCCACCAUCAGGAUGCUCGAGUCCGCCGCGGGCGAGGCUUCAGUAGAGCGAUUCGUCCUGACAUCUUCUUACAGCGCGCUCGUAUACCCGCAUCCUAAUCAGCGGAUCCGGGUUACGGCGGAGACCUGGAACGAGGAGUCGGUCUUGGUCGCCCAAAACUUGCCCAAAGACAUGUCAGAUGGGCAAAAGGGUUUCGCCGUGUAUUGUGCCAGCAAAACCAAGGGGGAACAGGCCAUGUGGGACUGGGUCAAGCAGAACAAGCCUGCGUUCGUGGUCAACAGUGUACUUCCUGGAGGCAACUUUGGGAAAGUCCUGGAUGUGAAAAACCAGGGAUACCCGUCAACUACGGGCUGUGCCGAAGCCUUGUACACCAACCAAAACAAGGAGUUGAUCGACGCAUUUGUCCAUGCAUACGCACCAGAGUGGUUCGUCGACACCGAGGACUGCGCGUUACUUCACGUGGCUGCGCUCGUGCGCAAGGAUGUGGCGGGCGAGCGCGUGUUCGCCGUCGCCGAGCCCUUCAACUGGAACAAGGUGCUGCAGUCGCUGAGGAAGUCGUUUCCGGACCGCGAGUUUGCGGAGGAUGUGCCCGGCCUUUACGACGACCUGGCCAUCAUCGAGCCGGCGUCGAGGGCAGAGGCGCUGCUGAAGUAUAUGGGCAGGGAUGGGUUCUUGUCUCUGGACGAAAGUCUCCGAAGGGAAUUUGAAAAGUGAACAAAGCUGUAGGCCAUGGAAAACAGGUGUGCUGUAGUGGGGUUCAAUGUGGGGCAGUUGUAUCUGGUGGCUGCCUUCCUUCAAUC